AUGGCUGUAAAGACGGAGACAGGGGAUCCAGUCUAUCAUCCUCAUCAACCAACCUACCCCACCACGGCGAAUCCCUCGGACCUCUCUCAACCCCACUCUCAUACCCACUACCAUCGCCCGAGCUUACCCUUCGACUUUUCCUUCGCUCCCACGCCCGGCUCAUCCUCAUCUACGGGGUUCCCCCUCGAUCCCUCACUUGACUCAUUCGGCUUCAGACGUAUGAGCGGGAGUGCCAACGCCAGACCAUCCUCAUCACAAUUCGACCACGCUCAGCCAUCCGCCUACUCCCAUCCCCCACCUUCGCGACAACCGUACUCCUCGUUUGCCGUCUCUCCCGGCGGGUUCAAAGAUCCAGGCCUCAACUGGCUCGACAGCAUCUUUGAUCCAUCCGGCUUUUCGUCCUCCUUUGACGGGAUAGAUCCCGGUACGACCUCGGGCAACGUGUACGGUCAAGGCCAAGGUGUAGGCGGAUUCGCUUCGGACCAGGCGCAACUGCUCUCGCUAGAGUCACCGGAGCAUCUGUUGGCGAAUCUGCAGGGGUCAGGGAGUAGCGGCGUACCGGUAUCCGGAAGUCUCAACCUCCUUCUUAAUCCGAUGAAGCGCGAACCACAGCUGGAGGAUGUGACGAGUUGGGCGAAUAUAUCGCACUUUAUCUCGCUCUUCCUCCAAUACCUCUACCCUCUUCUACCGCUUGUCCACCGGCCGACGUUUGCGGAACAUCUGGCGACUAGGAGGGAUAAGAAGGAUAUGGACUUUAGGGCUUUGCUGCUGAGUAUAGUCGCCUAUGUGAUUUCGCAGCUCCCAACAAGCCGGCUCGUCAACGAGAACUUCGAUAUAGAAGGCCUGAAGCGCCUGCAACGGAGAUGCCACCGGACCUGUAAGGCGCUACAGCGGACAUACUACGGGCCCACGAACCUGACCCAGAUCACCACGAUCAUCUUCGAUGUCUUCUACCUCCUCUCGAUCGGCCUCGGCCAUACCGCCGGAGCGCGAGUCGGUCAAGCUAUCCAGCUCGCCUUCUCGAUGGGUCUGCAUAGCGAUGCGAAGACCAACGCGCUCGGUCUUGACGCUAUCGAGGUGCAGCUGAGACGGCGGGUCUUUUGGCAGCUAUACGCCAGCGACAAAACCCGCGCCAUUCCCGGCUUUCCCAUGCUCAUCAACGACUAUCAGGGCGUACCCUCCCUUCCCGAAGGAACAGACGAUGACUUUAUCACCUCCCAAGGGAUGUUCCCACAACCUCCUUCCCGUACCUCUGUGCUCGCAGGUUUCGUCUGCCUCUCGAAGAUCUUCAUCAUCCUCUCCGAAUGCUUCUUUCACCACCGUCUCGUCCUCUCCGCCAUGCAGGUCCCCACGGUCGGGACCGAGUGGACCGUUGCUGCGGAAGACCGGCUCCAUGCUGUGCUUCGCGAGAUGCCCGCGGCGAUCCAGGAUCCGAUGUGUCAUCCGGACGAGGCGGGACGGAGGGUAUUUGCGAUGCAGAGGGCGAAUAUAUUGAUUACUGCUGCGAUCGCAAAGUUCGCUCUGUACGAUCUGAGAGCUGCGCUUCAUGUGGACGAAGAUCAGCUGGCGAGGGAGCGCGAAGCCAAUGCAAGAGAGAUCCACUCUCUCCUGAUGAAUAUCCCUGUCGAAGACCUUGCAUCCAACGGCGAGUCAGUGCGCGCCAAAGUCUUCCAUAUCGCCUGUGCUCUGUGUACCCAUACCGGCGCUACCGACACGGACCAGGAGCUGAUACGGGAUUGGUGCAAUAUGUUCUCGGCAAUCUCGUUUGUACAGAUGCCGCCUCCACCUCCUGGUGCAGAGGUCCUGGAUAGUCGAGCGAAUACGCCGCCUCUACCACAGUCGGGGUCUAUGGCGGACAAUCACUCGACGGGCGGAGGGGGGAGUGCGGGGGUGCCGUCUGGACCGGGGACGGUUGGGUCGGUCUGA